AGCCAAUCAGAUUCGACCUGCUCUCCCCGCCUGUCGACCAAUCAGAUUCGAGGCCUGGCGCGGGGACACCAUGGCGGGCACGAAGCAAGAGACCAAAAACUCCAUCACUUUGAAGGGCUCUGCGCAAUUGGUUUCGGAGUUUUUCUAUUUUGGAAUCAACAGUAUCUUGUACCAGCGUGGUAUCUACCCCCCGGAGUCCUUCACAUUCCAGCAGCAGUAUGGCCUCACUCUUCUUACCACAACAGAUGAGGGAGUGAAGGAAUACUUGAAUAAUGUCUUGGCUCAGAUUAAGGACUGGCUAGAGCAAGGAGAAAUUCAGCGACUGGUACUUGCUGUGAGCAAUGUCGAUACCCAGCAAGUUCUAGAGCGAUGGGAUUUUGAUAUCCAGCAUGAGCCAGGAUUUGGCCCUCAGUCUAUUAAAGAGGGUAAAAUUGGCUCUAAAGAUCUAAAAGUGAUCCAGAAAGAGAUGCGAGAUGUUAUUCGUCAAAUCACCGCCUCUGUGACCUUUUUACCCCUACUUGAUUGUGUUUGUUCCUUUGAUUUGUUAGUUUACACACACCAAAAUGCAGAGGUCCCAGAGAAGUGGGCAGAGUCAGCUCCUUGUUUCAUUACAAACUCUCAAGAAGUUCGGCUGAAGUCCUUCUCUACUUCGGUCCACAAAGUUGAAGCAUGUGUGAGUUACAAGGUAGACCUCUGAUUGUUGCAGGUGCAGCUUCUUGGGUCCUCAUCCUUUCAGCGUGUAACCAAAUUUUCAGAGAGGUUAGGUUUUUAGGCAUAAUAAUGUCUCUCAUAAUUGGAAGUUCCUCUUUAGAUCUUGCAUUGUAGCAUUCAAAGAUAGAUUCUCUUUUUACUAAAAUAAGUGUAUUAAUCUAUAACUUAUUCUGUAGCUUGGAGGAAUUGAAAGUUUAGAUAAAUAUGUACAAGACUUUGGCCAGACUUCUAUCUUUGGUGUUAUUGGUAAUAUGGAAAAUUCAUAUAAUUUCAUAGAAAAUCUUGUGGUAGACAACACUAGCUGUGCAUUUUCUAUGUAGAUACUCAAGGAAAGAAAGAUUUUGUUUCAUGAAGUUGAUCCUAGAUUGAUGGGAAGCUCUUGUCUAUUUAUUUUAGAAAAAAGCUUUACAUAUGCUCAGUAGAUAAGGCUUACUUUGUAGGAACACAAAAUAUGCUUGAUUUGUUUUUCUUAUCUGUUCUGUCUUUCGUGUGUGUGAUAAAGUCCCAGUUUAUAAUGUAAGUUCUCUUCAAGGAGUCUGUUUUUUCCAAAAAAUAUUGUAAUAAUUACUUAAAAAAAAAUAUUCUGGUGCUCUUCAUUGUAAUUAGAUAUGUAAGUGAAUGACUGGAUCUCGAUUCUCAUCCUUUUAUAGCAUUAAACAAGUUUGAUAUGGUGUAGUUGGUUAAAUGUGGACAGCAAUUUCCUCCUACAGUGUGCUGGUCAGUGAAAUGCAUCAGAGUUCAUCCUUUAUUUUGUGUUAGCAGUCAUAGAUGCUGUAGAUAUUAUGUAUCAGGGAAGGCCCAGUCCAACUUGAUGGAAUAUGGCUAGAGUGUGAGGUUUUUAGAAUACAUUUGUGUAUUUGUGUUGAGUUAUCCUGAUAUUCAAACUUGCAAUGAAAAUGGUGAGAAAAUCUGAAAUUUGGCAAGAAAGCUUAAUUUUUAUGGUUUUAACGAAUGGAAGUUGCAUUUGUCAUAACAAAUAAACUGUUUGUAUUUUACUAGUAUAUUGUUUAUAUAUUGGCAUUGUUUUAAGACUUUUUUAUAUAAAUUUCUGUAACUAAUAUAAGUAUUCUUUCUUUGUUCCUUAAUAUUAAAACAUUACCCCCUAAUGCCCGGCUAACAGCCUUCACACAACAGGCACAUUUUUGGAAUUUGGUUCCUCCUUAACCCAACCCAGAAGUGUCACGUGUACCAGUGUUAUAACAAACCACUUGGUCUACAGAGUGCGCCAGAGCGCGUGGAGCAGGAUGUUUGGCUUGAUGUCACGGUCUCCCGCGCCCAGUGUUUGGCCAUUGCCAGACAUUAAGUUUAUCACGCUAUGGGAUUUCUGUUCACCUGGCGGUGAUGGGUUAUUAAUCUGAUCCUGCUGGGGAUGGCAUAUAGGUACAUGCCUUGCUAAUGAACAGUUCAGUUUAUUAAUUGUAUUUACACACAGUUGGCUCCACAAGUCUGAGUCACCAGUAAUUGAUUAUUAAUCCUGCCCGUUUCCUGCCUGCUGUUUACCAUUUUCCUGGAUUUUAACCCCUUCACGACAUAACAAACCGCUCAAAGUGUGGAGUGUGGCUGUAUGCCAGGGCAGCGCGCCAAAACACCAAAGCGCUACGAGGCGGUGAUUCGGCUUGAUGUACCAAACUCCCGCGAUCAAAGUCGGCGCAUUGCCAUUGAUCAGCAGAGCAUAGUUUUUUUGUUUUUUGUUUUUUCUUUAGUUUUCUUCACCUGUCACCAAGGGGUUAAAAAUAUUUUUUUUCACUUUGCUAAAUAUAACGAACUCAAAGAAAGGGAAAAUCAGGUGAGGUCACAUAAGUUUGGUGGUUUUGUAAUGCUAUAUAACCUUGAUGUCUAGCACAUUCAUUUGUUUUAACCAUUAACCAUUCUGGGAAUCCACAAAAAUUGCCUUAAGAAAAAAAAAAAAAAAAAAAAAAUUCUUACCCACCCUAUCACUAUAUUUUGAUUACACUGCUAAUGACCUUAGAUGUUGAUGUGGCAGAAAUUUUUCAGUACAUAAAGAAAUAUUUUCUUUAAGAUAUAAAAUAAUUGAAAAUGAAGCAAGGAGAGAAAUCAUUUGAAAAUUAAGAAGCAAUUGGUAGUGUCUAAUAGUAAUAUCUGAAAAGGUAAACCUAACCCCUAUGAUCUGGAUGAUAUGACUAUAAUGUCAUGAAAAAAAUUGGUUUGAGGAGUAGGUGACAUAAACAUCAUGGGCGAGGGUGAGACAAGCCACGAGUGCACAAAGCUCUUGGAAGGUAAUUAGACUCAUUUGGCAUUUAGGAAGGGCCUUUUCCAUUAUUUUUAUCAAUAAACAAAUACGGACUGUAGUGUCCAUGAGCCAUGACUGGAAGAGCUCUGGCUCCUGGGAGGACACUAUUUCCAUGCUCUGGAUCUUAUUCCUGCCCACCAUGACCACCAGCAUAGGUAUUAUAGAAAUUAGAAUAUUAUGAUUUAAAAAACAGCACAAAUAACAAAAUGUUACUUAGUGUUGCACUGAAUUACAGACUACCUAGAGAGAGAAAAUGGAAUGUGCAAGUUCUAUUAUCACUUGGGUAAAGCAAAUCAAAUGACAAAUACGGAAAUUGGAAAAUGGCAAAAAAAAAAAAAAGAAAAAAAUACCUAUGCAGAAAAUAACAUUACAAAGAGUAGGUAUGGAGUAUUGUCAUUGCACGUGUUCGAUUUUGCACCCAGCAGUGUCCAUUAAUAUAAGCCUUUACUUUGGGCCACAUGAUGGCAGUAAAGCGUACAGAUCCAAUGGGUUUAAUAUUGAUCUAGAAAAUAGAAAUAUAUUAAAUAUUUGUUAUUUUGUGUUGAGAUAAUUUAAGUAAUGAAUUUUGUGUAAUCUUACAAAAAUAUGAGCUAUGAACAGAUAUGAAAGGAAAAUAAUAUGUGUUAUAGAAAAAAAAAAAUUUAAUUGUAAGAAUAACAGUAGCCAUUCUAUGAGUGAAGAAAUGUACAUGAGUAGGUAUAAAAUAUAUAUUGUAUGUAGGUCUCCCUUCAGCCAGCCUGAGAACAGGAAGAGGUGUCGUGGACUUGUCGUCGAAUAUUCUUUGUCAGUUGAUUAGUAUAAAUUAAAAUCUAACCACUUUAAACUUUGAUAAUAAACUUUGAUAAAGACAUACAUGUAUGUGUAUAUAAAGUUGGAACUUUAAAGAUUUACACCUACUUGCAAUGCAUAAUAUUAAACAAGUCUAGUAGUAAAGAUUCCAUAAUAAGAAGCUUCAAGCCAGAUUAAAGAUAUAAAAUACAUAAUAUGGCAAAAUAAGAUGCCAAGAAGAGACUUUAAAAAAGGUUUACAACUAAAGAUUGAACCAGUCAAAAGAGAUGUAAACAUUAUUUUUAUACAUGUCAAACUAAAUAGAAGCCUUUCAGAUGUAUAACAUGGAUCUCAAAAUAUAUGACUACGCACUUCUUUUAGGUUAUAAAGAAAGAACUUACAGUUAAUUAUGGCAAGACAACAUCUACUCAAAUUAGAUGGUUUAUGAAUAUUUACAAUGGUAAAAAUGGAUUGAUUUAAAUAUGAAUCUACAGUUGUGUUUUCCAAAAUCAAUAUUCAAGUUUAACAAAAUGUUACUAACCAGACAUCUAACACUGAUUUUCUAUUUCUUAAAUAGUCCAUUUUUUUUUUUCUACCCUUUUAUACUUUUAGUACUAUAAUAGCAAUACUAUUCAUUAACAUUCUGACAACUAAAGAUACAAUUAUGAAAACUUAUUACAUCAGAAGGACCUCAGAUUUACACAAAAUUAUCUACAUCUAAAGAUAAUACUUUAUGCAUGGGGAUUGUCCAUUCAAAUUUCACAAUGUGUCGGUUUAAUCAAAAAUGGAUAUGUAAAACACGAGGUUAUUUGGCUUUGAUGGAAUAGUUUUCAAUUAUUUUUUCUAGAGUAGAUUACCCUUGACCAUAAUAUAGAAAGUCACUAAUCCUGAAGGAAAAUUAAUGAUGUUUCCAAAGUUUUAGCAGUAAUAAUACACUCCAAAACAUAUGUAAUUCAAACUCUUACAUUAUUUUCUACACCUUUUGUACAAGUACCAUUACCUGUCCCCAUUUUACAGUCCAUGCAGUUGAUUACUUAUGACUGGUAAACAUGCAUUACCCUUAAUUUUCCCAGAGUAAGUGUAUACUGAUUUAACUUUUAAAACAAUAAUUCACUUGUACUUACAGCAAAUUUACUACCUAACUUUAUUAAAGCUAGACAGAUAAAUGAUAUACAUAUGUGGUUCUUGUGGAGCCCAGAUAUGGGCACCACACUAAUACUCAUAUUCAGAGACAUUUGGGACAUCUGCAACAGAAAGCUGGACCGGCACCUUGAGCCCAUCUGCCAAUCACAGACUGUCUCGAAUGUGACUGGAUGACGGGUGCGAGAAGCAAGUUCAGCCUUCUAUUUCUAAUGCCCAAGUCUGAAUAUAAGCUUAAAGAUGAAUCAAAAUAAUUGAAUAUAAUCAUUAUGACAAAAUAACUUGUAAGUAAUAAUGACAAAGAACUUAAUUUUAUUCUCAUUUGUUCAUCAAUAUUUUUUAUCUUUAAGUCUUGCUUUUACUUAAAAAAAAAACUGCUAAAUUUUCAAAGGAACAUCUUAUAUUUUGCAAAUUAACAUAUUUCUGGAUACUAAAGUCUGGAAAACAAUGCACGGCAGUUGACAGUUAUGGAAGAUAUUGGAAGACCUUGUAUCAGUGGGCAAAUGAAAAGAUUAGAAUUAAAAAUGAAGAUUAAAAAAAUAAAGAAGCUAAGAAAAAAAAAAAUUCCAUGAUCUAUAACUACUACAAAUACUUGUUGUGUUUGGGGAUUUAAAAAAGAGAUUACAGGUUACAUCCACAAAUUAGCAAACCUUUAAUACUGGCAGUCAGUGCUAAAUUCCUGGUAUGUUGAAGGAAACAACACACCUUCAAAUUCUUGACUGAUCUAGAGCAGCUUAUAUUUAAUAUCUUUAUCUGCAUCAAUUGUGUUUUUGUGGGGGGGGAAUAAUUCAACCUGAACUAAAAUAAAGCUUGGUGCCUAAAACAAUAAUCCAGUACAUUUUAAAUAUAUAUUUCUUCCAAGUGUCAAUAUAUACAAAUUAUCUUUACAAGCAGCGAGAAAAUAUUUUUUUCUGAAGAAAUGGUUAUAGUAAAUAAUAUUUUUUAAGCUGUUAGCAGAAGUAAAAUUCCUCUAUUAUAUCUCAAGUCUUACUGGUUGACAUAUGGGAAAAAAAAUAAAAAUAAAACAAUUGUGGGAUUAACAAAAUGCAUCAAUAUGCUUGUUGGUGACAAAUUAAUAUUAUAUUAUGCCUUGAUUCACUUGUAUCUCCAAACUUUAUAUUAUACAUUUGAGUAUGCUAACAAAUAAAUACGGGUAAAAAUUAUGUAUGUAUUUACUUAUAACAUAUCAAGGAUUUUCUUCUGCUCAGCUAAUAAAAAAAAAAAAAAAAAAAAAAAAAAAAA